AUGCGUGUCAGAGAUCCUGUGGCCACGUUUGACGACUACGUUCUCCUCGAAAUCUUUGCCCAUGUCCCGGCCGAGGACGUCGUGCGGGCCAGCUACAACACGUCGCGCCGAUGGCGAGCAGUCAUCACGCGGCUUAAACUCUGCAAGCCCAUCUUCUUCGGGCUAUCGAAUGUCAACACUGCCGAUUCGUAUGUUCUGAGGCAGCGGGAACAGCGUGAUAUUCGCUUUGACCAGUCAAGAAAGGUGGAUUGGCGGGCACACUGCGUCGCCAACAUGUUCCAGGAGCGGGCAUGGGCUUCAGGCAAAGGCGUUCUCCGCUGGUCUCCAGACAUUAUCGAGACGGGGAUCUGGGGAGGCAAAACUUGUCGCGCACGGCUUGAGUCACUUGAUCAGGGUACGACGUACGCGUCCACGAAGCAGCUCUGGCUCAUUGAUGCCAAGACGCUGAUCCCAAAGUUUGACCCUGCGAUUCUUCCCCGCGGCGAGUACGAGCAUGUGUUUGUGCUUGAUGUGCUCGGGCACGUGCUAUGUCGACAUCUUCGCGACGACGAGAAUGAGUGCGACAGAGUCGAAGUGUGGGUGCGGACUUGGACAGUGUCGCUCUUUGGCCAACUGUGUGAGCCGUCAGGCGACAUCCCCGAGUUCCAGCACCUCGUCUCCUUCCAUUUGCCGCAUGACACCGACCCGUCCCACCCAUAUCUCCUGAGGGUAGAUCGCGACCAGGAAACCGACGACCUGGCCCUGAUUCUCGCGGCGCCAAACUAUGAGGACUCGACCAUUGUCUUGUCCUGUCUGGCAACAAGUGCAGGCGGCGGUAGCUGUGAUCCGAGUCUCCAGGCAGAGCCGCUGGCGACAAUCCAUCUUGAAGAUAUGGAGCAGGUCAUGGACGAUCCCAACUUUUUUGCAAUGGCCAUGGACCAGGAGCUGUUGUUCAUUGUCAGCGCCGAGGCGCAGGUGUACUCGCGGCACUCGUCUCGCUACAUCAUGUCGAUUCCUGUAGAGGGCGGGGUGGAUGUGGCAACCGAUUUUCCGGUGGCUGUGGCAUACGACUUGACAGAAGCCGUUCGCAGUGUCCAGGCAUCGCCUGACCGUGCUGCGGCGUAUGCCAACCCUCCGGCCGGCAAGCCUCUCAUUUUCCGAGGCAUCAUGCGCGGGUCGACCCAUGGAUCGACGUUUGAGUCGCCACGGUUGUAUCACAGCAUCACAGGCCCUAUUGCGACACCCGAGUAUCACAGUGACAAGAGUGUCUAUCCCGUGCAAGUUCUUGUUGCUGGUGAAGACCUUGUGGUCGAAUACGACUGGUUUGGCCUCCAAGUCAUCAAGCAGUAUCAGUCUGUCUUCCUCCACGCCGAGACGAUGGAGGCUUCAGACCGCGAGGACUACGUUGCGAGCAACUCUAUUUUCAUCGGAUACAUUGCUGAGGUGGAGAAGACUGGCCACCACGUUGCCGUCAGUGGUACAAGGGUGGUCAUAACACAGACCGAUCACGUUCUCGUGAUGGACGUCGCCACCAUGCCGUUACCAGAGCCUGACACGACGCCGACUGAGAUCCCUGUGACGGUCAUCUACGGGGUCAACCGCGACGGAUACUGGCCUGGACAGAGCCCUCGGGCCAUGACAAUGUCCAAUGGGGCGAUCUACGAACUCGUUCCGCUGCACGCUUCGAACGAGCGGGCAUAUCGCGCGGCGGCGAAGAACGAUACCAUGAUGGCGCGUUGGGAGGACUGGUGGGGUGACACUCGCUGCCCCGACUUUGUGACCGUGCCAAAGCCCCGUCAGCCGUAUUUUUGGAGCUGA